AUGGCGUCGAGCGUGGCGGGGACUAGACCGCUACCAGAGUCGCGGUAUGACUUGAGUACAUACUGGGGCCGGGUGCGCCAUUGUGCUGAGAUCGCGGACCCCACGAUGCUGCUGACCACAGAGGCGGACCUCGCGCAUGCGCGCGAGGUCGUGCGCUCGUAUAGGCGCGGCGAGAUGAAGCAGCCGACCGAGGAGUUUUGGCGGGCGAAGAAGCAGCUCGACUCUACGGUGCACCCGGACACUGGUGAAACAGUCCUGUUACCGUUCCGCAUGUCGUCCAACGUCCUGUCGAACCUGUUUGUCACGGCAGGGAUGUUGACGCCGGGGCUGGGCACCGCGGGGACGCUGUUCUGGCAAUGGGCGAACCAAUCGCUCAAUGUGGCCGUGAACUCGGCCAAUUCGAACAAGUCGCACCCGCUGAGCACGCAGCAGCUGUUGAUGAACUACGCGGCCGCCGUGACAGCGUCCUGUGGGGUUGCGGUUGGACUGAAUAAGCUGGUGCCGCGGCUGCGUAACGUCUCGGCCAACGCGCGACUGCUGCUGGGCCGUUUGGUUCCGUUUGCGGCGGUUGUUUCUGCGGGUGUCGUGAACGUGUUCUUGAUGCGCGGCAACGAGAUCCGCAAGGGCAUAUCGGUCUACGACGUGAACGGCGACGAGAUCGGGAAGUCAAAGAAGGCUGCGCUGCUGGCGGUUGGUGAAACAGCCCUGAGCCGCAUGAUCAAUGCGACUCCGAUCAUGGUCAUCCCGCCGUUGGCCUUGGUGCGCCUCCAGCGUGGCAUUCUAAAGGGCAAGUCCUUCCCAAUACAGAUGGCGGCCCAGCUAGGAGUCAUCACACUAACUGCGUUUGCGGCUCUUCCAUUUGCUUUGGCCGUUUUCCCGCAAUACCAGGCAAUCGAGGUCAAUCAGCUGGAGCCUGAGCUAGCCGGGAAACAGGACCGUGACGGCAACCCCGUUAGCAAGGUUUACUUCAACCGCGGUAUCUGA